AUGGUUGUGCUACGAGUCAAAUCCCAACCCCCACCCAAGAAAGCAGCGCGAGGGUGGACCACCGAGGAAGAAGUGCUUCUAUUCAGCUUGAUCUGCGACUACAAGCCUGCGGGAAAGAAGAAGCAUCAGAAUGUGGAGAUGAUUAUAAGCAAGAUAAACGGAGAAGGCGUUGCUCAUGAAGAGCCGCUUACAGCGUCCGACGUGUGGCAGAAGCUCGAACAACUUUAUGACUUGCCAAAGCUUGAUGCAAUUGAAGACAAUGGCAGCGAGGAGAGCCCAGACACUCCAGAUGAAGCAAGUGACAACAGUAGCAACAGCAGCAACAACAACAAUAACAAGAAUAAUAAUGAUAAUAACGGUCACAACGAAAGUAGCUCCAGCAACGACGAAAACAGCGACUCCGAGCGAUCGACGAAAGUCGGGAAGGAAAAGAGUCCAUCCGAGGAGCCUCAGCCACGCACGUGGAAAAGGCGAGGACGCGCUCUGAAGGGCACUGCUGUGGCCAAACGUGCCCCUCGCAAAGCGGCGAGUCGACAGCAACCAGCUAGUGGCGCUGCCUCUACUGAGGAUCAAGCUGAUGAGUCCGAUAGCGCUGACGAGACCAAAACAGAGGCAACAGAGGCGACACCGGCACCGGACGAAACAGAGACUCACCCGCUGAAAUCAAAGACAGAAGACGCCGAACAAGGUGCAACUUCGGAGCAGGAGGAAACAGGUGCUGAAAAAACCCCCGCUGAAAGCACGCCUGCGCGGAUGGUCACCAGGCGCAAGCGCACGCAAUCAGAGGCCAAUUUGGAACCCGUGCUACCUUCACGAAAGAGAACACGGCUGGCUGCGAAGUUCGGCGACGAUGCACCCGAAGCCACCAAAUCUCCAAGACUCAAGCUUAAAGCCGCGGAUACUGAGGCCGACGUGGUGUCUCCUGCAACACGAAGGCGAACAAGAUCCGAGACGCACGACGAUGCGGGAGGAGGAGAUGAAGGCGAAGCGCAGGAGUCUUCUGACCUGGACAAUGGCGACGACGACAACGACGACGACGACGACGAUGACGACAAUGACGACGACGAUGACGAUGACGAUGACGAUGACGAUGACGAUAACAAUGACCAUGACGGUGAGGAGCAGGAGCAGGAACGGGCACAAGAGCAGGAGAAGGAACAGGAACAGGAAAAACAGAAGAUAAAGAAGGAUAAAGAUGCAAGCCCUCUUAAGGAAGAUCCUAAAAAAGCGCGAGGAGCAGAAAAAGAUAAACCAUCUAAAGCAGAACUCGAAAAAUCAACCGCUGUUGGUAGAAGACCUAGUAAAGUUGGAGCAUCGCUGGGUCGUCCUGCCGCAGUCAGGAGAAGUACUCGAAAAAGGUGA